GAACAGCCGCGCUCCUCCUCACCCCGCCCGCCUGCGCGCUCUGAGUGUGUGUGUGUGUGUGUGUGUGUGUGUGAAUGUGUGUGUUUGCUGCUGGGAGCGAGUCGAGCAGCGGAGGACACUUUCCCCUCUUCAUCUCUUUCACUCCAACAUGCUCACUGCUUCGGUUGCGGACUGGCUCUAGAUCACACGUAAUCUCCUCUCCGUUCCCACACUCCACUCCUCCGCCUGUCGGAGCUAUCUGUCAUCCUGUGGUCCGAGGUGCUGCAGCAGUGUUGGAGGGCUCUUGUGUGGGCAGGCUCAUGCUGGAUCAGCUCCAAGUGCACCGCAGGUGAAGCAACACAACUCCAUGAGUUUGAUUUGGCCUGUCGAUGUCGAGCAGCUCCAGAGUUAGAGACGCAGCCCAGAGACCCGUGGUGAGCUCGUUGCGCCACUCUUAGUUCCCAUCAUCCUCUUCCUCAUCCUCUUCCUCUCGCGGCUCGUGGGAACCGGCUCCGCCAUGUUUCCUUCCUCCUUCCUCCUCCUCUUCCUCGCUGUCCUGCUUCCUGCCUGCCAGCCGGAGUCGCAGCGCGUCGACCCGAGCGUCGAGCCGGACCCGCGGACGGCGCUGCCCUCGUCGGCCUCCGCCUCGCUGGCGCCGUCGCUGCCGUACGGGAACAGCUCCGCCUCUGGCGGUCCAGAUAAGUGCAACAAGCAGACGGUUUGCAACGAGGGCAUCCUGCUGCCGGUGUGGAAGCCCCAGCAGCCGGGCCUCGGGUACCAGGUGGCCCGCGCCAUCGUCUACUUCGUCUCCCUGAUGUACAUGUUCCUGGGAGUGUCCAUCAUCGCAGACCGCUUCAUGGCGUCCAUCGAGGUCAUCACCUCUCAGGAGAAGGAGGUGACCAUCACCAUGCCCAACGGGGAAACGUCCGUGGCGACGGUUCGCAUCUGGAACGAAACCGUCUCCAACCUGACGCUCAUGGCUCUGGGCUCCAGCGCUCCGGAGAUCCUGCUGUCGGUGAUCGAGGUGUGCGGUCACAACUUCGAGGCCGGCCAGCUGGGACCGGGGACCAUCGUCGGCAGCGCCGCCUUCAACAUGUUCGUGAUCAUCGGGAUCUGCGUGUGGGUCAUCCCCAACGGCCAGUCACGCAAAAUCAAACACCUCAGGGUGUUCUUCAUCACCGCCUUCUGGAGCAUCUUCGCCUACAUCUGGCUCUACCUCAUCCUGGCUGUCAUGUCGCCGAGCGUCGUGGAGGUCUGGGAAGCUCUGGUGACGUUGCUCUUCUUUCCCGUCUGUGUCCUCCUGGCUUGGAUCGCCGAUCGCCGUCUGCUCUUCUACAAAUACAUGGGCAAGCGUUACCGUGCCGACAAGCGCCACGGCAUCGUCGUGGAAACCGAGGGGGACCUGACCCCCACCAAAGGCAGCAUGGAGAUGAUCACUGACGGCAAGCUGCCGCAGGGAAGCGCCAUGGUUCCUGCUGAGAACGGCGGGGACGGAGCGACGGGCGCCACGGUGAACAACAUCGGCGCUGCGGCAGUCGCCAGGGGCAACCUGCCCAACUCCAACAGCGCCACGGUGAACGUGGAGAGCGGCAGGGAGCUGGACGAGAGCCGCAAGGAGGUGAUUCGCAUCCUGAAGGAGCUGAAGCAGAAAUAUCCCGACAAAGAGCUGGACCAGCUGGUGGAGCUGGCCAAUUACUACGCGCUGCUGCACCAGCAGAAGAGCCGCGCCUUCUACCGCAUACAGGCGACCCGGAUGAUGAUCGGAGCCGGAAACGUCCUGAAGAGGCACGCCGCCGACAACGCGCGGCGCGUGGUGGUGGCCAACGAAGAGGAGGCUGAGGAAGACGACCUGGCCGUCUGCAGCCACAUCUCCUUCGAGACGUCCCACAGCCAGUGCAUGGAGAACUGCGGCGUUCUCACGCUGGCCGUGGUCUGCCAAGGCGGUUUGGAGGAGAACACUUUCUACGUGGAUUACAGAACCGAAGACGGUUCAGCCAACGCCGGGUCCGACUACGACUAUAGCGAGGGAACGCUGGUGUUCAAACCCGGAGACACUCGGAAAGAGAUCAAGGUCGGCAUCAUCGAUGACGACAUUUUCGAAGAAGACGAACACUUCUUCGUCCGAUUGCUCAACCUGAGAGUCGGCGACGCCGAGGGGAUGUUCGAAAGCGACGAGGCGGGCAGCGCGCCCAAAGCCCGGCUGGUCGAGCCCCUGGUCGCCACGGUGACCAUCCUGGACGACGACCACGCCGGCAUCUUCACGUUCGGCGAGCGCCUGAUGCGCGUGAGCGAGAGCGUGGGCACCAUGGAGGUGACGGUGGUGCGAAACUCGGGCGCCAGAGGCACCGUGGUUCUGCCGUACCACACCGAGUCGGGCAGCGCCAUGGCGGGGGAGGACUACGAGGAGGCGCGCGGGGAGCUGGAGUUCACCAACGACCAAACCACUCAGACCCUCCAGGUGAGGAUAAUCGAUGAUGAAGAGUAUGAAAAACAUGAAAACUUCUUCAUCGUUCUGGAGGAGCCGCGCUGGCUGAAGAGAGGAAUCUCAGCUCUGCUGCUUAACCAAGAGGCGGCGGAGGGGCAGCUGAGCGCCGAGGAGGAGGAGGCCCGGCGGAUCGCUGAGAUGGGGAAGCCCAUCCUGGGGGAGCACAGCCGCCUGGAGGUCGUCAUCGAGGAGUCCUACGAGUUCAAGAGCACCGUGGACAAGCUGAUCAAGAAGACCAACCUGGCGCUGGUCAUCGGCACUCACUCCUGGAGGGAACAGUUUGUGGAGGCGGUCACCGUCAGCGCAGGUGAUGGAGACGAUGAGGAGGAGGGGCGAGAGGAGCGGCUCCCGUCCUGCUACGACUACGUCAUGCACUUCCUCACCGUCUUCUGGAAGGUUCUGUUCGCCUGCGUCCCGCCCACAGAGUACUGGAACGGCUGGGCCUGCUUCAUCGUGUCCAUCAGCGUCAUCGGAUUCCUCACCGCCAUCAUCGGCGACCUGGCGUCACACUUCGGCUGCACCGUGGGGCUGCAGGACUCCGUGACCGCUGUGGUGUUCGUGGCUCUGGGAACCUCCAUCCCAGACACCUUCGCCAGCAAAGUGGCCGCCAUCCAGGACCAGCACGCCGACGCGUCUGUGGGCAACGUCACCGGCAGCAACGCCGUCAACGUCUUCCUGGGGAUCGGCGUGGCGUGGUCGGUGGCCGCCAUCUACUGGGCCUUCAAGGGGAAGCAGUUCAAGGUGGACCCGGGUUCACUGGCCUUCUCCGUCACACUCUUCACCAUCUUCGCGUUCAUCUGCAUGGCGGUGCUGCUGUUCCGGCGCCGGCCCUCCAUCGGUGGCGAGCUGGGCGGCCCCAGGGCGUCGCGCCUGCUCACCACCAUGCUCUUCCUCGGCCUCUGGCUGCUCUACAUCUUCUUCUCCAGCCUGGAGGCCUACUGCCACAUCAAGGGCUUCUAGUUUCAGGAGAGCGCAGAGUCCGGUCUAACGCGACUCGACGACAGACACGUGUUCAUAUGUAAACAGAUCAUUGGAGGAGAAACUGAGCAGGUAUUAAAGUGAGCUGGGCCGUGACGUCACGCCCGGCCGGGUUCACUGCUGGUCUAAAAGAUGAAACAUAUUCCCUCCCGUCUGCAGCGACUUUCAUGUUUUUACGCUGAGGAGGUGGAGAAAAAACGAGUCAAAUGUUUACAAAACGCUAAAAUCACACGUUUACUACAGUAGGCCCUCCACGUGCGCUGUAAAUAGACCGGACGCUGAAAACGUUUCAGAGGAGGAAAAAUAGUCCCAAAAUGUGAUUAAUUAGCAGGGAAAUGAGUUUAGACGUGUCUCUUUAGCGCCUAGUCUCUGUCGGAGGACGGUUUUGCAUGCACAAGACACAACCAACUUGUUAAAAGGGAAAUACCCAGAAUCCACCUGUGAUUCUGAGCCGUCUGCUCAGUUAGCAUGCAUGCUAACGGACUCGCCCACUGCUGCAGCAGUAGGACGACACAACAGUAUUAGUUUACAGAAAAUCUGCCAUUUAGAAACUCAUUCCAGCCAUCAACACGUUCACGUUGAUACUCGCAUGGCAAAGAUGCCUUAAGGGAAAAAAACUCACAUAAAUGUGGUUUUCAGGCUUUAGCUGUACAAACCGCCCCGGCUGUCUCUAACAGUGUUAAACUUUAGUUCUGUGCAAUAUUUAAAGCUGGUUCUGCUAUAAUGUAACACUGGAUCCAGUAGAAAUAGACGUUUGGAGAAGGAGAAGCAGGAAGUACCAGUUGAAAUGUUAUUAUUGUUGUUCAGUAUUUUAACUCUGAAGCUACUGAAACUACCGGCUGCUAAACAGACUGCGAGGAACAAAACCCUGAACCGCACCAAAAGAAAAAGGAAAUAAAAAACCCUCCUCAGAUUAAAAUUAAACUGACAUUUCAGGGUUUUUAUCUUCCAAGGUGAAGGAAGAUGCAGAGAAACAACAGGAGUCAUUAUGAGGUCAGAGUUGCUUUCAGUAGCAGCUUGAGUCAAUGAGAAAUCAGUAAAAAUCCUUUUUUAUUUUGUAGCUCUUACAUACUGAAAACGUCACCCUAAGACUGCUCAACACGUCAACACUGUUACGAUAUCAUGGCAGAUUUGAGUCGUUUACCCACGAUAACACUUUGUAAACUUUCUAAAAGGGAUUUUGUAUCUUUUCCUUGCAGGUGAAGCCAAGGUAGACUUUUUUUAUAUUUCCAGGCGACGUUCAGAUUAGCAUCGGCAUGAAGAGCCGAUGACGUCAUUCGACAUGUCAGUGGAUUAGAUUUUAAUUUGUUUUCCACGCUCCUGAGCCGAUCCAACGGUGAAAGAUAUCCAAACCUUGCAACAUUUAAACAGUCUACUGCCCUAUAUGGAAGGCUGAAACUGCCAAAAUUAGGGAAAAAAUGCAAUUUGAUAAAUGUAAAUAAUUCAUAAAUAGAAAAUAUGUCAAAAAUAUUUAAAGUAGCAGUGGGACUGGAUUAAAAUGUUUAAUCAAGUUAAUUACAGGAUCUGUAACUAAUUAACCAUAUUUUAAUCUAAAACUAUAUAUUGACAAAUUAAGCAACAUUUUGCUACAUUAUUGAAUAAAAUGACAUAUAUGACCAAAAUAAAAGUUCUGAUUUCAAGACUUUUUAAAGUCUUGAAAAAUUAGAUUUUUUUUUUUUUUUUUUAAAAGAAAAAAAUAGAUUAACUGAGUUAAAAUGAUUAAAGUAUUAAACUCAAUGUAAUCAAAAUAACACUUUAAACUCACAGCUCUAAUAUAGACUGAUUCUACAAAUUAGAAUAUUAUUUUUUAUUCAGCACUAUUUUAUGUUUCUCUAUUUUUAUAAUUGUAUAUUUUAUAUUUAUCACAUUCUUUUACUUUUUUCUGUUUUAAUGUAAAGCACUUUGGUUCCCACUGUGUAUAGAAAUAAAGUUGAUUGAUUAUGAAGCACACUAUAUGGGUUAAUUAGACAUAGAUGGAUGUUUGAAAGUCUUUAUUUAUGCUAUGAUGAUUUUCCACUUACAGCUAAUGAAGACAUGACAUUUAAAAUUAGAAUAUUACACCAGAUCAAUAAAAAAAACAUGCUUAAUACAGAAAUGUGGGCUUAAUGAAAAGUAUGGUUAAUAACAGCCUAAAGGUCAUUUUCAAAAACUUGUUUCAAUCUGACAAAAUGUAUAUUAGAAUGUCUAUCCGAACAUUGCCACAUCCAGUUUAUAUCUAUCUAUCUAUCUAUCUAUCUAUCUAUCUAUCUAUAUGUAUUUACUAUUUUAAUACCAGGAUUAAUGUUGGAAAUCCCAUUAAGUGAAAACCAGCCCCCUAUUUUACCUUUUUGACUAAUUAAAUUGUGUAUUUUAAAAGUUUCUGUUUCUAUCAUGAGAUAGGUGGAGGCUCUAUUAAAAAUAGUAAAAAAUAGUGUUUCUUUUGUCUAAUAGAGGAAAAAACAGGAAAAAUGUAAACAAUUUAAUUCACCUUCCACAGAUAUUGAUAUAUUUAUCGAUCUGGUUAUAAAUUUUUGCAUAUUUUUUCUCGAUUUUGGCCGGUUCGGUCUUCCAUCGCCGUCUUUCUGUUGAUGGAGAACUAUUCUGAAGAGAUGAUUUAUUUAUUUUCUUAAAGAUGAGCUGCGCCGCAGAGUGAACAGAGCGCGGCCGUUUUGUGCAAUACACUCCAUGUUGUCUGUUCACGCCUCCUGCCGCAGUGUUUACCAUCUCUCUGUACAUUUCUACACCCAGUCCCUGUGAAGGAGGCUCUGUAAGUGUAAGUAGCAUGUUUACAUGACGGAACCGACAGUCUGGCUGCAGGAGAACUGAGCAGCACCGGUAGGAACCGGUUGGAACUGGCUGGAACAGAUGAAAUGAACUGGUGGGAAUGAGUCAGGACCAGUUGGAACAGCUUGGAACUGGCCGGAACCAAACCGGAAUCGGUUUGAACCGGUUGGAACUGGCCAGAACCAGCUGGAACCAGUCGAAACCGGUUGGAGCUUGUUGGAACUAGUCUUAACUGGCUGGAACCGGUUGGAACUUGCUGGAACUGGCCAGAACUAGCUGGAACCAGUCGAAACCAGUUGUAGUUGGUCAGAACCAGUCAGAACUGGCUGGAACUGGUCAAAAUCGGUUGGAACCAACUGGAGCUUAUUGGAACUGGUUGGAAUCGGUGCUCCAGACACUGCCCAGUAGCCGGAACCAGAACUGCUCGGUGUUUCCGUGAACUUCUGUACUAACUGUCGGCCCGUUGGGUCUUAGCUGUUCUUUAGAUAGAGGUGGUCACCGCCGCCUCGCCCCUCCCCCACUGUGUUCUGUGUUUCUGUGUUGCGCCGGACAUGCAUGAUGAAUCCGUGUGUUUGUGUGUUAGCAGCAUGGUCUACCCUGAUGGAGACGUUCUAUUUUUUUAUUUUUCUAAGUCCGUCUCCUACAUUUGCACAGAAACACUGUUUCCUCCGUUCGGCUCAUCCCCCGGUUUGUUUCCGCUGUGAAAUCUCCGUGUCCGUGUUCGUGUCCCCCCUCCCCCACCCAUUGCUCCUGCCCAGGUCUUGCUCUCCAAUGUGUCUCUGUGUGAACUCGUUUUAUGUGAUAAUUAAAAAAAGAUUUGUCUCUGCCUGAACCUUUGUAGGGAAACUGUACGACGGCGAAUUAGGGCCGUUAUUGAUAGAAAAAAAAAGUUAAUUUUAAAAAUUUAGCAAUUUCAGAAAAAGCUCAGAAAUGUUGAGAUUAACCUUAGAAAUAUUUGUAGAAAAAACUUUAAAAUUUCUGAGUUUAAAAUUUGGACACAUUUGAGUUUUGAAAAUUUAAUAAGUUUGAAAACUCUAAAUUUUGGUUAAAAAAAACAAAAUCAAAAGCUUGGAAAUUUUGAGAUUGAAAAA